UUGUAUUGAACAACAGCAGUACCGGAUAUUUAUGUGACGGGAUUUCAUCCUUACUCAAGCUUUCCACGAAUAGUUAUGUAAUAUACUUGAACAGAUACUUCGACUUAAAGUGGAAAGUCAUGUAUAAUGAAAAAAAAUCAAAUAAGUAAUUACAAUAAAACAGCAAACCAUUAACUCUAGAGUCAGUUUUCAAACAGAAAGACACAAGAGUGUUUGUGGAACGUUAUUGUGAUUAUAAAAAUAGUUUAUAUAUUCAAAGAAAACUAGAUAUAUAACGUGUAAAUACGAAUCUCAUCGAACGAAAAUUUACAACCUUAUCAAGAAAAAUAGCUAGCAUGGAGACCUAUGACACAAUAGAACCGGAGCAUAGGAUUUGUAUGGAAAACUUAGACAAAACGAACCCAGCACUGAGUGAAAUUUAUGAGAAACUUCAGAUAACACAUCCACAGGAAGACACGAGUAAAGUUUCGAAAAAUAUCUGCAUGACAGAUAGAAAACGGAAGUAUCUGGUGCUAUUAUGUGUAAUGACGUGUGUUGUUUUAAGUCUUACUUCUUUAGGCUUCACCAUACUAGAGAAAGUGGAAGCAAUUGACGGAUCCUGGAGUGGCUGGGCACAUUGGGAAGCCUGUUCAAGUACAUGUGAUGUUGGAAUGCAGAGACGUCAAAGAAACUGUUCUAACCCUCACCCAUCAGGAAACGGACGCCAGUGCCUUGGUGUGGACAACGAACAAAGAUUUUGCUAUUCUGGACCCUGCUCAAAAACAACAACAGAGAUGACGACAACUAUGGAGUCUACGUCACAACUUCCGUGUUGUGAAGAUAUGUACCCUACAUAUGCUGAUUUGUUAUUCGCCUUAGAAAUCCCUGAGACAACAACAACAAGCUCGACAAUGACGCCUUGGCCGCCAUCACAGUAUAUCGACUCUGUCAAUAACGCUAUUGAAAUUGCUAAUUGCCAAUCUUGUGGAUACGACUACGACGGUGGUUCAGGAGGAUUAUUCUUAGGUUAGAGCACCAGUGACAAGGCAGUUCCCACAAUGUGCCAGGAAAUUGUCAGGAAUAACAUUAUAUGCAUUUUGUUCUAGUAUAGGUAAUUUAGGAAGGUAACCAUAUGCUUUUCUUUAUGGUAUAUGUAGAUGUGAUAAAGUUUUCAUAUUUAAAUAUAUGUACUGCUUAAUGGAAACCAUUGUGUCAUUCUAUUUAGUCAAGGGACAUUCUAUGCUUUCAAAGAAUCUUCUAAAUUUUUGCACAUAAAUCAAUGUGGGGUUGAGGGGAUAGCUAGAAGUUAUGUUUACAGCAGUAUGAUGCAAAAUUUAAUAAAACUCGAUUAUAACUAAAGUAUGCAAAUUUAUACAUUUGUCAUUAAAUGGGUGUCUAUUUUAUGUUUAUUUUAUGAUAUAUUAAUGUAUAUUUUGAAAAAUUACAAUUUUGUGCUUAAACGUCCUUUUCUCUAAUUUAUAACAAUAGGUGAUAAAAAUACGUCGCCUCUAAUUGUCAUUUUGCGCUAGAAUACUGAAACUAAUUUUAGUUUUGCGUGCUUUGCUGGCAAAUAAAACACGGUUUUGAGUUCAGAUGCAAGAAAUCCCGUGUUCUAUUUGCCAACAAAGCACGCAAAACCUAAAUCUACUUUCAUUCUAACACGUUCCAGUUACAUCAAAGUCCAUUUUCUUAACACAAGAAUGCAAACUACAGUAAUUACUGCUGUUUUAAAUACGAGGGAGUGAACCGGAAUAGCCAAAGGUAGGUCAUUUUGCGAAACGUGUUUUAAUCGACAAGACAAUACACGGUAAAAUCCUUCUUUGUUAAUAUAAAAGAAAAUCUUAAAAGUCUUAGAAUACCUAAUAGCCCAUUUAUAAUUAGCAUAUAUUUUUUUCUUUAAACAUUCAAUCAGUGCAACAAAGCUACUGUAAGCUGAAAGUGCAUUGUUUUAAUUGGUAAUGCAUCCAUUUUUAACUAUUUGUGUGAAGUAUUGGGUUUUUCAAAAGUUGAACAGUUAGAACGGGUACACAGAAAAUAUCUAAAUGGUCACUUGAUGUAAAAUUGUCAACAUGCAACGCCGCAUUGAAUCAUCGAGUGAAACCGGAAAUUUCCCAUUGUUUGUGAUUAGACAAAUAGGAAGAGUUAAAUUUUAUUUGAAAUUACAUUUUAGUUAGAGAAAAGUAAUAAUUGUUUGUUAACAACUGCAUUUAUCUCACUUAGAUAUGAUACUGAUAGAUAUAAGAAGGUACUCAUCUGGGCUUCUAAAGUAAAACAUUUAUUACAAGAAUCAGGUUUUAAUGAUGUUUGGUUAUAUCCUUAAUCUUUUGAUAUUAAAAUGUUAAUUCCAAUAUUACGAACAAGAUUAUUUGAUUUUUACAUCAUCAAAUGGAGACAAGACAUGUGUAACAAAUCUUGUCUUUGUUUGUUUAAAGAACUUAAGCUGACAUUUGAUAUAUCUUAAUGUCUGAAUAAAAAGAAUUGUUUAACUUCAAAAUAGUUUUGCUAAAUUAAAAAUGUCGCUUCAUCAUUUAAACAUUGAAACUGCUAGACAUAGAAAUAUACUGAGAUCUGAAAGAAAAUGUACUUUAUGUGAACUUUGUCUUAAUAUGUCCUGUUUAUUCCGAGUUAAGGAAAAGGCAUAUACCACAUUACUAUUACAACCAUCAUUCAUAGAACUUUUGAAUACAUCUAAUUUGUAAGGUUCAAAUAGGUUGGCUAUAUUUUGUCAUAUAUUGUUUAAAAUGAUAAAUUAUAAUUUAAGUUCUUUAAAUCAUUGAAAAAUAUUUGUUUUAAACAUACUAAACUGUAUUGUUGGAUUAUGAAAUAUUCAAUUUGAAUGCUUAGUCUAUGUACUCAAAUAUUUUUAUCAUUGAUGUCUGUGCAUAUUUCAUUCUCACUGUACGUAUAUGUAAAAUAAAAUAUUUCUGCAUGCUGUAUAUAGCUAUGAUAACGAAGAACUUCUUAUAUUCAAGACAUAUUAUUAUAUAUCAUUAAAGUUCUGAUCUGUUCUGUUUCUGUUCUGUGUUUUUUUAAAGAAAGAUAAUAUUCAAAUUUAUCAAAGCUGAUCCAUUGUCGGUAGAUUAACUUUUCAAAUAGAGGUAAAGAAUCAACAUAACAAACAAUGAACUAUAUGUUUUCGGUUAUUACCGAUACCGAAAAAAAACGAAAUUGGGAUUAAAAAUAUAAAUCAUUUAUUUAUGAUACAAAAUGAAACUUUAUUCAAAUAAUCCAGCAAUUAAACAAGUCUACAGUUACCUAGGUCACAGUUCUCCUAGACCUGUCCGCUUUACGUUAGAUGUUCGUUUCACAGCUCAUUCAUAGCGAACUAUGUUCGCUCUAUGGAUAUAGCGUACCUCGAAUAUUUUGUGAACCCGACGAAUUCCUUAUAACCAACUUUUACUGUAAAUUGUACAAUUCACAUGUUUCUGAUAUUUUGACAGGAAAGAACUCCAAAAUCUACUACGUCACAACAUGUGAGAACUCUUUACCAUAUUCAAUAGCUUCCCAUUUGCCGUCUUGAAAUAUUGAGCCUAACGUUUUUUACAAUUUAGCCAACAAACUUGGAAACAAAAAGAACUUAAAUUUGUACAAUAACUACAAUUCAAAUAUACACGUGUAUAUCAAUUUGUUUUAUUUCUAGAAAUCAGUAUUUAAAGAGAUAUUCAGGCAUUUUAUUAGGUUUUUUAACAUUGUUCUGUACAAUACGGAGAUAUAUUUGGACGAGUACAAGGCUGAGAAAACCAUAUUGGACAAGCCGCUAGGGUAAGAGUCCAAAUAUAUCUCGUAUUGUACACAGUUCAAUGUUAAAUAACCUUUUUAUUCUAUAUCUACUUUAUUUUAGUUUAAAUUUAAUAUGAUUCACUGAAUAUUGUAUUUCUGCCUUUAUGAUUUUAAGACGCAUAAUUAAACUCUGUACAUAGAGCGCCUACUUCACCUGAUUUACAUUCGGAACAUUUUCACGCGUUUCGGGCUUUAUCGUAUGUUUAACAUGGGACUUUCUGAACCGUCUAAAUACGGGAAAAAAUACAAGUUUUUUUUUGUACGCAGAGCACGUGCGUCCAAUAAGGAAAUAUAUUGUACGGUCACGUGUUGCAAAUGAACGUUAUCGAUUGAUUGGAUAGAUAAAAUAGAUAUAGAAUAAUGUCAUUUAUCCCUUACCGUUGUAUCACCGGAGGGCAAUUUGGGUCGGGACCUCGCUCCCCUUUCUCCGCCCUUGCCAUCUGUCGGUCAUUAUCUUUCAUCAUUUUAACACGAACUGAGCAUAGAUUAGGAUUAUGGAGCAUCUUCUGUAACAGCUACAGUUUCGGCAUGCUUUAAAAAUACACUUUUUACCAUCAAUGCUCUAUAUAAGAGGGUGUUCAAAAUUCUCCGGAAAAGUGCUAUUAUAGUAUCUUUAUUUCUUGUCCUAUUUUGCUAAAAUUUAAAAUAUGAUGGAUAAGAACAUCUUAGAUGUGAAUUUUAAAUAACAUAAUUCAGACCAUGUUCAUUAUUUACUUACCGUCUCUAAGGCAUUGCCUCUACCUCUAAAGUGGCAAAACGUCAUUUUGUCGCUGUACACCGAUCCGUAUCAAGAAGUUCCGUUACUGAACGUUAUUGUCUUUUGUCGCGGGUCGUCAGCAAUAUUCUUUUGACCACUUUUAAACUUCCCAUGCCACUAAUAAGAUAUUGUUUUCUUCAGGGCAUUGUCUCUUUAACCUUAUGCAACAUAGCAUUUGUCCCUCUCCUUGAUUUUUUAUUCAAAACACAAAACGGUUUCUCAUGUUUACAUUCAACACCGAUUUUAAGCGAUGAUCACCACAAUAUGCUUGAAUGGUGUAACAUUUAUAAUUUCAAGUUAUUGGCUUAAUGCUUACAUUUAACACGAAUAGUCGGCCUAUCUUUUCUCUUUACAAAGAUAUAAAAAAUAUAUAUCUAAAAAGAAUAACUAAUGCUUCCCUUGGCGAUUAAAAAACACCACUAUCAGUUUCAGUUUACGGCAUAUAGUUACUGAAUAAAAUAAGCAAAAACCUGUGAUACGUAUCUUAUUCUUUCCCCUGUAGCCACUUUAUUCAUAAUUUGAGAAUAUUUAUUAUCCUAUUGAAGUAUUCUACAGACAAUAAAUUUUUUAAAUAUGUUUUUAUUUUGAAAUUAUUUUAAUGUCUUCUUGCUUCCCUAGACGUUUAAAAGUUGGUGACUUUUGUAAAAUUUCUUGUAAACCGCUCGCGGAAACUCACGAACUCGACCAAAGUUAAGCUGUCUAUGAUACAGAGAGCUGAUGGUUACAAAAGAGUAUUAUAAUUGAUAGGUGUUCAAUCUGUUAUAUUUAUUAUAUAGUCUGUAGUUACUGACAGGUAUCCUUAACGAAAUAAGGAAAUAUUGUAUUGUAUUGUUGUAUUGGUAAUUCUUACUGCAUGCAUCAAUAUAAAAGAAAAAAAGAAAGAAAGGUAGAGAGAGAGAGAGAAGAAAGGAAAGUCAUAACUAUUUCAUGAGUGAAAUUUACACAAUUAGAAAAGUAGCUGGAGUAUAUAAAUGGUCUAUAUUUUACUGCUUGCUAAAAAUUCAUAAGAUAAUAUGCACUUUGCCACUAUAUAUAUUUCUUUCCAGGACAAAGCCACUGUCUCGUACUUUAAAAAUUCGCAUAAUUACAUUUGUACCCCUUAGUUUAAGUUUUAACCAUAUAUAUCUUAUAAAGAAUUUAUAUAAUGCAACAUUUUGAAUAAACUGUUUUCGGAGCCUCUGAAACAGCCAUAUUAAAGCACUUUUUGAUAGUUGUUUAUUACCAAUUAACAGCUUUUUGCAAGUUUAUUGCGUAUCAACACCUUUUUAUUAGGGGGCUAGGGGUGAUCAGGUCUUUUUAUUACACAUAUAAUAAUCUUCUCGG